AUGUCUUCAAGACUUCCAUCGGUUAUCGAUGAUAGACAAGAGUCGAGUGUUUCGUAUGAAAACUCUAUAAGUAAUACAAAUGAUAUGCCUUUAGAAGUGGACUCAGAACUGAUCCAUAAAUCAGUCAUUAAUAUGCGAUUUCCAGUAUAUAUUGAGUCUAUGACUGGAAUUACAUUCCGAGUCGAUGUCUUUCCCUCGGAUACUAUCAAUCAAAUUAAGCAACAAUUAGAGAACACUGAAGGCAUACCAGUCAGUCAACAGCACCUCAUUUGGCACUACAAGGAGCUCAUCGACGACAAGACCAUCGAUGACUGCGGCAUCGGAUUUGGCGCUCAAAUGCGUUUAGUUAUCGGACUCAUCACUGGACCCGUCUUCAGGAGUCCAGACAUUUACGAUAAAAGAGAUGACAUUAAGGAUGAUAUUUACGAAUCUAAACCAUUUCUAAACACUUUAUUAUUAUUGCAAAACUUGGAUCAAAUAAAACUCAUUUCAAUCGCUUCUGAGGACAAUAUGUCUGGAAAUGAAAGUGAGGUGAAGACUCGGACUAACGAGUCGGGCGACCAAUUGAGCGAAACCCUAGACUUUGAGAAAUUAAAUCUAAGAGAGAAAGAGGACAUAGAAAUGAAGCAAAAACGUGAGAGGCAAUGCAGGCAUUCAUUUGCCAAAGAUUUCCAAUACAUCGAAGUCGAGCGGAAACUCAUCGCAUGA